UUCGGCAGCUCCCUGCUACCCAGUUGCGCAUGCGCAAUCGAACUUCCGCUUUCACUUUAUCUCAGCAUAACAAGUUAGACGAAGUUAGACGCUCAGGAAGGAUUCAGCGAGAAUCCUCCGGUCAGCCAGCUGGGGUGAUUCUUUAUAAGCACCCUAGUCAACCAGUGGAUAUAAUCUGAAUAUAAAUCCUUCUGCACUCCCUAAAUGUGACCUACACAAUAUCAUAUGUAGUGUCUUCCAUUUGAGUGGUGGGACUGCUGACUUAAUAGUGGAACCCUGUGUUUUCAUCUAUUUGGUGAUAAAGUUACCUUUCUAUACACCUUACUAGGCAGAACAAAACAAUCAGCGCAGUAUGAAGAAAUUGAAAUACCCACAUGAGCCAGACCCUGUUCUUUCAUCCAUUGCUUUGAUAGACCCACUUAUCUGAUGAUGAAUGAAAAAAAUGUGUCCUAGUGUCUGUAAUAAACUUUCCAGAUUUCAUCAACUCCUCAUUGAUGGAACUCUUGAAGACAGAAUACAGAAGAUGGCCAUGACCAUUUAGUCCACCAAGGAACCCCCCAGAAUUUCCGGUUGUAUGUAGAUAUACUGCAGAAGACCUCAAAUGUGAAUGAAAUUUAGUUUUGUAAGAGUGGAGCAUGGAGUACAUCCUUUGGAAAUCUCGAAGGAAGCUAACAUUACUCCUCCUUAUCUGCCUCAGGACCUUCUCCAGAGAAGAUGAAAAUGAAAAAAUAGAAGUAACAGUUAGUUCUGACAAGGAAAAAAACACUGAAACAUAAUCUCCAGUAGGUUCCUCCAUAUCGGGAGAUGUGCUGCAUGCAUUACCUAGCCAAAAAUCCACUAAGCUAACAUCAUGUUUAGAAUAGAAGAGGAAAUAGGAAUGAGGCAGCAAUGGAGUUGUGCACUGGCUAAAGUCGCUACCAUCCUCUACAAGUCAUGUUCAUCUAUGGUUGAUCUCUACCACCCUUCCAUAUGUGGGACUGGAAUUCACAGUUACCCUUUCACUGUGUUAAACAUAAUAUUAUUUUCUACGCCCUGCAGUAUACCUUAAGUCAUGACACUAAUUAUCUUCAUCCCCCAUGGCCAACUCGGCAUAUAUAUGGCUAUUUCAGUUGAAAGUCUUUUACAUUUUUUGUAUUCUAAUGCAUGUUCAAAUUUGUAAAUUAAAUAUUAAUUGAUGACAGACAUCUUAGCCAAAAGAAAUGGUCAAUUUUCCAUUUAUUUACCAUUUCUAAUCCAUUUUUCUCUGAUUUUCCAUUUAUUGACCAUUUAUUUUCAUUUUUUCUGGAGUCUACUUUCUCAAACCAUUUAUUGAAACCAUUUAUUAGCCAUUCAUACAGAAAAAUGUUUUAAAAUGGCCAUUUCUUUCCAUUGAUUCAUCAUUUAUUUAAAAAAUGGCAUUGAAACUGAAUUGCCUUUGCUAAGUUCACCAUUUUCCUUCCAUUUUUUUUCUAGACCAUUUUUCCCGUUGAAAUGGUUAUUUGAAGAAGCUUGAUCUACUGUUUAGUAUGUGUUGUAUACGUACUGACAGCUAUACAUAGAAUUGAUACCCAAACCAUCAAUUCCUUGUAAUUACAUGUAUUUCCUUGAUCAUGCAAUGAAAGAAAUUAAAGGAACAUACACCAAUAAAACAACUCAUAAAUUCAGAAGAAAAAAAACUUUAGCAUGUUUAUUGUGCAUAUAUAUAUUACAUACAUAUAUAUUUAAAAAUACAAUUAAAGCAAUAUUUAUCAAUUGCCAGUUGAGUAUGCAUUCAAUUAAUAACGUCGACAUAUUUUGUGUGGUGGAGUCGUACAUCAUGAUACUGGCAGUAUGCUUCCAGAAUCUGAGUGCAAGAUGUAAGCCAUUCAAAGGUCAUUAUGACGUAGUGUUGGUCAUUUAAGUUUCCUCUCUGGUUCAGUCAUCCCGGCAGGGGGUAGCGUUAUCUCUGAAACUUUCCACUGAAGCCACGUCUGUUACUUGCAUGGCAGCACUUGUACAGUGACCAAGGAACAAUAAUGGCCGAUUUAUUUGAAAGAGGAGAUCCAAUUUUUCUGGUGUUUUUUGGUGCAGACAAAGGCAGACCAAGGCAGAGAAUUGUGUUCUUAGUAGAGGAUAUAAUGAUUCCGUUUCUUUUCUGACAUCCACUCUGAUAUGACGAUGGCAUGGUGGACAUAUAAGCCUACAGGAUUAUCUGGAGCAGGCCAAAGUGUUCUCAUCUGGCAAGUACAAGCAUGCAGGGACAACGAAAAUGAAUGUGGAGAACUUGAACUCAAAGUCCCAAACUAAACUCAUUCAAAACAAAACUGGAAAUAAGUGUUUUCAUAGGAGAAAGGGCAACAGCUCUUUUUUAGUGAGCAAGUGAUUAAAUGCACAGACGAUUUAAUGUAUGUAUUGAGCAUGUUUCUGAACAUUUCCUGGGAGGAUCCAACUUUUUAUAAAGAAUCAUUUCUAUAUUGUGUAAUUUAAUGUUUUAAAAUGGAUAUUAAAUGCAUUUAUUAAAACGCCAUUUCUUUUCAUUUUUUUCUCUCAUGUUUAAAUGGCUAGGAAAUGGUUAAUUUGCAUAUUAACUGUCCCAGAAAAAUGGUGUUUCAAUGGGUUUUAAAUGGUGUUUCAAUGGUUUUAAAUGAAAAUGGUAAAAUAAAUGGUUAGAAAUGCUAUUGAUUCUGUACAGCAUUUCUGGUGUAAAUUCAAGAAAUGGGGGAAAAAUGGUCAGAAAAAAAAUGGUAGAAAAAUGGAAUUUCAAUGGAUUUCAUUUUGAUAAGGGAUAUAUGUUUUUGUUUUGAUAUUUUAAACAUAGGUAAUCAAAGAUUACAAAACUCACUGAGACAUGGUAUUAUCAACAUGACCAAUAUGAUAACAUUAUAUGCAAAUUAUAGUUAAUGAUCAAUAUCAUAAUAUAAUACAAGUAAAGCUAAUGUCAUAAUAUCUUAUACAUUGUGAUAUAAUUAAUAUCACUCUAUUCAUUCAAAUCAUGUAAAUAUCACAAUAGCAAUCACAAGAUAUGGUAAAAAAAAUUAUACAUGUACAAUAUGAUAUUGUAUCAUACGAUAUGAGAGAAUAUUGUAUCAAAUGAUAUGACUCCAUGUUUUAUAAUUUGAUUCAACUGUGUAUCAUAUGAUGCAAUACUAUAGUAUUGUAUGAUAUUAUACAGUACUGUAACCAUAUUACUUUUGGCUGUAUAUUCUAUUUAGCGUUUUUGGCGGAGUGUGCUUCCACUAAAUCAAGUACUAUGCCAUGCACAUAUGUAUAGGAAUAGUCAUGUUCUGACAGGAAUACACUAUUUCAAAUCCACGCCAACUUUUUCAAAAACUGUUUUCCACCAAAUAUUGUAUGAUACAUUAUGUAUAGUAUGAUUUGUAUCAUAUCAUGAAGCAAGAUUGGCUCAAUUUAAAGUGGAUCUCUUGUUAAAAUAUAAGGAGGAAAGACAGAAGAGUCAACUCUUCAGACAGAAUUUGUAGCUGUCACUUUAAAGACGGCAAGAAGGAAAAUGGUCCUACAUUGUUUCCUUGGAACCAGGGCACUUAUUUUGACUUUCCAAAUCCAAAUAAAAUUUCACGACAGUGCAGGCAAGCUGAGAUUGGUGAAUCUGCAGAACCCAAGACAAAUGAAAGUAUACUUACAGACACAGAGCCUGUGGUUGAAAAUGAGGUUGCUGAUGAGGAGCAUAAUUACAUGCAGUCUUAUUCAUCCCUAGUAUUAGAAAUCAAGGAACUGGAGAAGCAGAUAGCAUAUUUGCAGACAGAAAUAGCAACUCUACAGUCACAGAAGCACCCUUUAACAGUUGCAAAUGUCAUUGACAAUGAGCAGAAGAUGUUGAUGUACACCUCAUUGAAACCGCAGAUGUUUAGGAUCAUCGACUCAACCUUACAGCGAUUUCCUUUGGUAUACGUGGAUGGUUGGACUCCAAGUGCAUUUUCAAGGACGGACCAACUUUUCAUGACAUUAAUGAAACUUAAGCUGAACUGUCCCUUCCUUGACCUUGCAGAACGCUUUUGUACCAGCAAAGCAACCAUUCAUAAUAUCAUCAUUACCCAUGUCUUUGCUCUGCAUGAAGUUUUUUUUGAAGGUAUGAUGGAAAAUAACAUUCCUUCGCUUCUUAAGUGCAAGGCUUCAAUGCCAGCAAGUUUUGGAGAUUUUAACUGUUGUCGCCUUGUGAUUGACGCCACUGAGGUUACACAGGAUGUUCCCGGUCAGGACAUGACAGCCCAGUCACAGACCUACAGUUCCUACAAAAAUAGACAUACUGUGAAGUCUGUUACUGGUGUUGCUCCUAAUGGAGCCGUUGUGUACGUAAGCAAACUAUAUCCUGGCAGCACCUCAGAUGUUGCUAUAGUAAAGCAUAGCAACAUGCUUGCCAAGUUAUCCCCAGGAGACAUGAUUUUGGCAGACAAAGGGUUUACGAUCCAUUCUAUUCUCCCUCAGGGUAUUCAUCUGAACAUCCCUCCCUUCCUUAAAGAUAAAGGCCAGUACACCCCAGCAGAAGUCCAAGUCUGCAGGAAGAUAGCGCGGUCAAGAAUCCAUGUUGAGAGAGUGAAUGAGCGGAUAAAAAACUUUGAAAUUCUGUCACACAUUCCUCAGCAAUUCCGCUACAUUAGUACUAAGAUUUUUCAAGUAUGUGCUAUGCUUGUAAACUUUCAAAAUCCCAUGAUUGCAGAAAUUGCAAAUAAUUACAGUUUUGAUCAGUGAAUUUAUAUGUUAUUAAAUGUUUAUAAAUACCCCCAGCAAUCUUAAUGAAUUUUCUUUAUUUAACAAGUCUGAUUCAAACCAUAAUAGAUUGGGUUUUUUUUUUUUACAUUUUUUGUCAUCUAAUUUUAAAAUUUAUUAAAUUAAGAAAUGUAACAGCAACAUUUUUUUCUCUUUGUCAUUUGUUGAUUUAACUUUACAAUACAAACCUUUGCUUUUUUAUCUUCUAAGAUAAAUAACACUAUCAUUGAAAAAAACCCACACUGAUUGGGUCAAGUCAGGAGUACCAGGUCUGUUUAUUUUAAGAAAAAAGUUGGCUGAACUGAUACAAGCUUAUUUAUCAGUUUUAAGGUAGGAACUCAGAUAUUGUGACAGUCAUUUUUGAAUAACAAAGAUCAAAUGAGCAAAAUAGAAUUUAAGUUGGUAAGUUUCUCAAUGUUCUGGCCCCACAAGCCGUCCUGGAGAACCCUAACAAUGGCAAUGUCUCGAGUUGUCCACACAACAAAAUCACAGGCUGAUUUGUUUAGGAUGUAUAGCUGCCCCUUUACUUGGUCGUAGUAGAUAUGAUUUUCUUUAAGCCUGUACACCUGUCUGCCAUCAUGAACCUGGUACUCUA